GUUUGGUACAAUUCCAUCUUGAUAGUCUAAUUUAUUCAAAGGUGCAAAAAAAAGGGCAGGGGGUUGAGGUGAAAUAACAGAGCCACAAUAUAAUCUGGACUUGAGGAAAAGGCUCGCUCACGCUCUUUUACUAAUGUCACCUGCCACCCAUUUUAUAAGCCUCUGCUUUGAAACUAAGUCGUUCUGUCAUGAGUACUUCAUAGCAUCUCUAGGUACGUUCAGCUUUGUCGUAUAUUGGAAAUAACUUGAUCUGAAAGCAUAUAUUAACAAGAAAAAAGGAGAGAGAGGAAACGAAGGGGGCGCGGGUGUGGGUCAAAAUCUAAUUAGCUUAGUUAUUGAAUAUGCUUUUAUUAAAUAUGCUUCUGUCUGCAUCUUCACUUUUUACUUGUCUUUCCGUAUAAACCAUAUUUCCCUCCUUUCUAAAUCAUUCUUCGAAUAAGACUGAACUCGACAUUUAUAGUUUUAGAAGAAUUCUUUGAAAGGCGAAGUUCUUUGAACACUUUUCUUCUCUUCUUUACUGGGGAAAUCCUCUUCGUACGAAUGGUUGCAUAAUGCGAUUGUGUAGUCAAUUAGUCGAUUCCCAUACCUGUGAACCCCACGUAAAAUCGCAUAUCUCACCUUCAGCUAUUAAAAAUACGUCGCUUACCAUUUUUUUUAUAAGCAAUCCAAAGAAAUUAGCGACUCCAACGUCGUGGGAAAUUCGACUUCCAACGACGAAAUCAAAAUAUUUCUCACAUGAUUAAUACAUAAAAUUAUUGCACCCUAAGAGGGCAUUGGAACCCCACUAAAUAUCUAAACCUUAUCCCACCGAGCAAAGGAACCAAGCGAAAUGACGUCACAGAUAAGAAAACAAUAAAUGUACCCCGUCAUCGUCUCUCCGCCACACUCAUUCUCAGCCAGCGGGUUAGGACACUUUGACCAGUGGCGUUUUUCAUGACCUCAAGCCUUUGAGCCGAGAAAUUUUCCCAAUAUGAAGACGGGUAUAAUUUGGCUUCUAUCGGCGCUAGUUUUGGCAUCGGCUCAGAGCUAUGGAGUCAUCGAAAACUUCCGAAUGAAGAGCAACACCAUCGACACCAUCGUGCUGGAGUGGUCUCUUGUCGGGGGGGACGUCCCCGUCAGCAAGUACACUCUGAUCUACGACGACGACUUCACGCAAGAUGUCAGGUGCCCCGUGCAAUACUGCACUCACGAGGUCGAUUACCUGGACGCCUGCACCGUCUACGACUUCAAGCUCAUUCCUCACUUCAAGGACGGCGUCGAUGGAGAGACAGCCGUCACGUCUGGCCAUACUGUGGAAAUGAUACCCGGGGAGCCGACCAACCCAUCUGCAUCGAGCUCCAGUUCUGGAAUCCUGGUCACCUGGCAGGCACCUGCAGAAAAUCCAAACUGCGUCGACAAAUACAUCGUCUGUGCGAGGAUCAAGGGAGAUCUGGACACCAAUUGCCAAGAGACCUACGACCUCACUCUCCUGCUGGAGGAAAUCCAGUUAUGCUCCACCUACGUCAUCACAAUCCACGCCUCCACUCCUACGGGACAGAUGGGCCCUGAGUCGGCUGCAGAGGCCACCACAUCUGAGGGAGUUCCAGGUAUCCCCGAGAACGUCAUCGUAACUCUGUCAACCCAGACGAUGAUUACCAUCACCUACGAUGACCCCCUGAAGAAUCCUCGCUGUGUCGUAGAAUUCGGAGUGAUCUACGGAGAAAUUGAUAGACGCAUAAAGACGGUGGACUCCUCCAGAGGGAACGGGAAACACGAGCACACCAUCAGCCCCUUGGAUGCUUGCACCAAUUACUCCAUCGGCGUCUACGGCGUCAAUCCGUCCGAGAAGAAGGGCCCGACCGCCGUCCAAUACGCAGCUACUGCUGACACCGAACCGUUCCCGCCUCAUUACCUGAUCGUUGACCCAACUGGACCCGACUCCGUCGAUGCGAGCUGGCCGGGGGACCCGACCAACAAAUGCGCAGACUCCCUCACCGUUUGCUGGACCGACCACAUCCACCCGGUGGAGUUCUGCGAGGACAUUUUCGACAGAGAUAUCAUCGACGGCGGUGGUUCGUUCACCAUCACGGAUCUCCUCCCUUGCAGUAACUACGAAGUGACGAUCACCGCACAUUCCCCGACUGGUAUGAGCAGUCCAACCCUCGCUAACUGGACCUUCACUGAUGAUAUCACGCCUGGCCCAGUUGAAAACCUCAAAGUAAAAGAAGUAGAGGUCACCAGAAUUGCCAUCUCUUACGACCCUCCGUCCGAUCAGGCCCAGUGCGUCAAGGAGUACGACACCAGAGUUAUAAACUUGGAUGAAGGAGGUCCAACUACUCUGGAGGAUGGGCCCUUCGUCGUAGGAAUCGAUGAAAGUCACACCGAGCUAGACGCUUGCACUAAUUACGCCCUGCACGUGCGCACAGUUACGCGAACAGGGUUAGUUUCCAACUGGACGAUUGUGCAGACUACCACGGGGGAUGCUCUGCCUAGCGAGGCGCGUAACUUCCAGUUGCACGACGCCACGGAGGAUUCCCUGGCUCUGUACUGGUUCCAGCCAGAGCUUAACAAGAGAUGUGCCAUUGCUUACCGUCUGUCAUGGAACUCCGGAGAUGACUCCGGUUCGGAGACAAUAGACCUCACCCCACCUCUUCCCUUCGAAGUGACCCACACCAUUUCGGGUCUCAAAGCUUGCACCGAUUAUCAGUUAACACUAAUAGCUAUCUCAGCAACAGCGGGUGAAAGCGCAGCUGCAACUCUGAGCGCAAGUACUGGUGGUUGUGGCUUAUAGUUUUAUACUUGUAAAGACAAACAAGAACCAAAGAUAUCUUGUAAAAAACGAAUCAGAUGGGAGGCUAGAUUUGUUAUGCCAUCAAAACACUUUAUUUAUCUUCUGAAUGUGGCUGCAUAGCAAUUGCCUCAGAAUUAACAUUUGUUUCACUAAACUUUCAAUAAAAAC